UUUCUCAGCGCUCAGGGCGACUCGUUGCGAGGCGCGACGUGCUCAGCAGCAGAAAAGGACGAGGAAGAGGGGCAGGAAUUUGAUCAGAAUACAGUCUUCCCGCGCUGGGCAACAUGCCUCAAUACGUCAAGGUCGCUACUUGCUCCCUGAACCAGUGGGCUUUGGACUUUGAUGGGAAUAGGGACAGGAUAUCGAGCUCCAUUAGGAGCGCAAAGGCGCAGGGAGCGAGGAUCAGGCUGGGACCGGAAUUGGAGAUCCCCGGCUAUGGGUGCUUCGAUCACUUUCUCGAGCAAGACACGACGCUUCACAGCUGGCAGGUGCUGAGGGAACUCCUCCAGAGCGAUGCGACGGAUGACGUGAUUGUGGAUACUGGCAUGCCGGUGCUGCACCGCUCAGUGCUUUACAAUUGCCGCGUGCUCAUCCACAAUCGACGCAUCCUCCUCAUCAGACCCAAAAUGUGGCUGGCAAACGAUGGCAACUACAGGGAGAUGAGGUACUUUACCCCUUGGACGCGCAGAGGCGAGACGGACGAGUUUGUGCUUCCAGAGAUCAUCAGGUCUCUCUCUGGACAGGAGACUGUGAGAUUUGGCGAUGCGGUGGUGCAGACUCGCGACACUUGCAUUGGUGUAGAGCUGUGCGAGGAACUUUUUACGCCGGAUAGCCCUCACAUCGCUCAAGGCUUGGAUGGAGUCGAAAUCUUCCUCAACGCUUCUGCGAGCCAUCACGAGCUGCGCAAAUUGUCGACGAGGGUGGAGCUGAUCAGAGAAGCGACGCUCAAGCUUGGGGGCGUGUAUCUGUAUGCGAACCAGCAAGGUUGUGACGGCGAUCGGCUGUACUAUGACGGAUGUCCCCUCAUCGCAGUCAACGGCUCUCUCGUGGGCCAAGGUACGCAAUUCAGUCUGCAGGAUGUACAAGUCGUUUCUGCUACUGUAGAUCUGGAGGAGGUCAGAGCCUGCAGGAGCGCAAAAUCAAGAGGCAUGCAAGCCGCCUCGAGAAGUCAAGGGAACAGGCAGGGGCAAGGUUUCGAGAGGAUUUUUGUAGACUUUGAAGUGUCCAAGAAUACGAGCGAGGCAUUGCUCUCUGAGCAUCCCAGCAAGUCUAGAGAUCCAUUCUACCAUCUUCCAGAGGAAGAGAUUGCCUUGGGCCCCGCCUGCUGGCUCUGGGACUACCUUCGGCGAUCUCGAACUCAGGGAUAUUUCAUACCAUUGAGCGGAGGCAUAGAUUCUUGUGCGACGAGCGUCAUCGUGUACAGCAUGUGCAGAUUGGUGUACGAGCAAGCGGCGUUGCCAGACAAGACGCGCGCCUACAACAAAGAACAAGUAGACACUUCGAAGUUGGUGCUUGAAGAUUUGCGAAGGAUCGUGGGAGAGAAAGAGGAAAGCGACUGGAUUCCUGCUUCUCCUCAGGACGUCUGCAAUAGACUUUUCGUGACUUGCUACAUGGGCACGAGUAACAGCAGUGCCGACACGAGAAAUAGAGCAAAGCAGCUGGCUCAGGCGAUUGGCUCGUACCACAUCGACCUGAACAUGGAUCUCAUCAUCACUGCCAUCGUCCAGCUCUUCACACUCGUCACGAGCCAGACUCCGCGCUUCAAGGUGCACGGAGGAAGCUCUGCGGAGAACUUGGCGCUUCAAAACAUUCAAGCUCGAUUGAGGAUGCUGCUGGCGUACCUCUUUGCGCAGUUGACUCCCUGGGUGCGCGGUCAGAGUGGUAGCCUGCUGGUGUUGGGCAGCGCCAAUGUCGAUGAGAGCUUGAGAGGCUAUCUGACAAAGUACGACUGUUCAUCCGCGGACCUCAAUCCCAUCGGAGCGAUCUCCAAGACGGAUUUGAAGCGCUUCAUCGCAUACGCGACAACAGCUUUCGACUUGCCCGUACUGCAAAGUUUCCUCGACGCUGUGCCUACGGCCGAGUUGGAGCCCAUCACUGCCGAUUACGUCCAGGCCGAUGAGGCUGACAUGGGAAUGACGUACGACGAGCUGUCGAUUUUCGGCAAGCUCAGAAAGGUGUCAAAAUGUGGACCGUGGAGCAUGUUCAGCAAGCUGGUGGUCGAGUGGAAAGAUACUCAUUCGCCCACGCAGGUGGCCGAAAAGGUGAAAUUGUUCUUCUUCGAGUAUGCUAGAAACAGACACAAGAUGACGACCAUUACGCCUAGCUAUCAUGCUGAGUCAUACAGCCCAGAUGAUAACCGCUUCGAUUUGAGGCCAUUCUUAUAUCCAGCCAGGUUCCCGUUCCAGUUCAGGUUGAUCGAUCAGCUCUCGGCGAAGCUGCCCGAUCAGAGUCGGAAUGAAAGGGUAUUUCGUGCAAUGAAGUGAAGCGCAGGUCACGACCAGACA